CAGCGAUAGAGGAAAUGUUAGAUUUGGAUAUCAAAGAAUGGCUGAUCAAAGUGAACUGUUGAAUCGCAAGCGACGACAUGACGAACAUGAUGUACAAGAGGACAUAAGCCAAGAAGCCAAACGAACGAAAGAGGAUGAGCCUGACGUGGAAUUGUCAACAACCAAAAUCAUCGAUGUAAACUACGAUUGCCUUGAGCAUAUUUUCAAGGAUUUCGAAUUCAUUGACCUUUUCAAUGUGGUCGAUUCGAAUAAACACUUAGUCGCAGUUGCUGGUCAAAUUUUCAAGAGAAAAUAUCACGAAUUUACUGUGGAUAUCGGUAUCUCCAAUUGUGUUGCCAACGACGGGUACUUUACACUAUUAACGGAUUGUAUUUGGGUCACUGAUAGAACGGCUGCUUUGAAAUUCCUUCGCCAUUUUGGUCAUGCCAUUACCAAAUUGAAAAUCGCUUGUUUUAGCACCGAUGACACUUUUUUCACACAACUCCAUCGUUAUGUGCACGAAUACUGCAGCGAAACAUUGAUUGAAAUCAGUUUUUACUAUAUGAUUGAAUUUGUGCUUUCAUCUAUUGAAAAACCGUUUCCGAAUGUUGAAAGUGUUAGCUUCAAAUGUGUUAAAUUGAAUGAUAAUCUGUGGCAACUCAACAGAUUGUUUCCAAACAUGCGACGUUUGACGUUACAUGCAAUGGACGAAGUAACUAAUCCCAUGUGUAUUGAAGAACAUUUUCCGAAUUUGCAAAGCUUGACGAUUGAGAAUCAAUUCGAGAGACUCGAAGAUCGUGCUCUCAAUGGAUUCAAAGAGGCAAAUAUCAUGGAAGCGUUGCGAUUGAAUCCAAAUGUGCAACAUUUAAAUCUGAAAUAUUUCGAUACAAAGUUUCUUCAGAAAAUCGGCGAAUAUAUACAACAUGUGGAAAAUCUUGAACUUUCAUUCGGUCGGUGGAGUUCCAAUCACACGAUUCCAACAAUUCGUCUCGAGAAUGUGAAAAGACUUGAAAUUCGUAUGGAAUGGGAUCCAUAUCCUGGUUUUCCAGAGCUUCCAUUCACUUUUGAUCAUGUUGAAGAAUUUAUAUAUGUGACAAAGCCUUUUCUAUCAUGUAAUAUCCAAUCAAGCGACGAUUUCUUCAUCCAAAAUCCAUUGCGGAAAGUGCAUUUGCAGACCAUCAAUGCAAAACUAAUGAUUGAAGGAGAUAAGCUCGAUCUCGCAAGAGCUUUGCCAUUGGUGACGGAAUUGCAGCUGGAAACUUGUGAAUUGAAUGCCAUCGAAGCGGCUGAUUUUAUUAACGAAUGCCCAAUGCUGAAUGAAUUCCAAUUUGUUUACACCUCGCCAGAGGAAAGAGAAAAGUUACGAGAACUCUUUCGGGGAACCAAAUGGGAAUCAAUAUAAUUAUUUUUUUAAAUAUUUCUUUGAUUCAUUCCAAUAUUGAAAAUUCAUUUCAAAUAUAAGUUUGAAUGAAUGACAUAAUCGCAUAAUGAUUUUU